ACUCCAUCUGACUUGGAAGUCAUGAAUUGCAAACCUCGAAGAAUUUCAACAAUGGCCAAGAAUGCUUCCUUCAGCUCUGUUUUUUCUCUGUUCUUCUUGUUCUUAGUGCUUGGGAAAUUUUCCGCCAUGGCAGAAAACACAACGAUUCCAGUUAAUGUGGGUGUGGUUAUUGACUCUGAUACAUGGUAUGGGAAGAUGGGGCUGAGCUGCAUCAGCAUGGCUCUCUCUGACUUCUAUGCCUCUCAUUCUAACUACAAGACAAGGCUGGUUCUGCACAAAAGAAACCCUACUUCAGAUGUUGUUGUUACAGCUUCUGCAGCUCUAGACCUAAUAAAGAAUGUUGAGGUGCAAGCCAUCAUAGGUCCAGAAACAUCAAUGCAGGCCAACUUUGUAAUCAGCCUUGGAAACAAAGCCCAAGUUCCCAUAAUCUCAUAUUCAGCAACAAGCCCAUCUCCCACUUCAAUCAGGAGUUCAUACUUUUUCAGAGCUGCACAAAAUGACUCAUCUCAAGUGAAAGCCAUGAGUGCCAUCAUCCAAGCCUUUGGCUGGAGAGAAGUAGUUGCCAUCUAUGUUGACAAUGAGUUUGGGGAGGGAGUCAUACCUUCCCUCUCUGAUGCUCUGCAAGAAGUUGAUGCUCGAAUUGCCUACCGGAGUGUCAUUUCUCCAAAGGCCACUGAUGACCAAAUUGUUGCUGAGCUUUACAAGUUGAAGGAAAUGCAAACUCAGGUCUUCAUUGUGCACAUGUUCGCUGAUCUUGGCUCUCGGCUGUUCGACAAGGCGAAACAGAUUGGCAUGAUGGAUGAAGGGUAUGCUUGGAUAAUGACUGAUGGAAUGACCAACUCCUUUAGUUACAUAAAUUCCUCUGACAUAGAAAAUAUGGAAGGGGUGUUGGGUAUAAAAACUUUUGUCCCAAAUACAAAAGAGCUUGAAAGUUUUAGAGUUAGAUGGAAAAGUAAAUUCCAACAGGACAAUCCAACUGUCCAUGAUGUUAAGUUGGAUGUUUUUGGAUACUGGGCUUAUGAUGCUGCUUGGGCACUGGCCAUGGCAGUUGAGAAAGUUGGGGCUAAAAACUUCAACUUCCAAAAGAUGAAUAGUACAUCUGGUAAUUCCAGUACUGAUCUAGAAAGAUUUGGGGUCUCUCAAAAUGGUCCUCAACUUGUCCAAGCGCUAUCAGGUACCAUUUUCAAAGGCCUUUCAGGAAAUUUCAGUCUUCUUAAUGGCCAACUACAAUCAUCAACAUUUCAGAUAGUUAAUGUGAUUGGCAGUGGGGAAAAAUUGGUUGGAUAUUGGACACCCGAAAAGGGGCUUGAAAGAAAAUUAAAUUUGACAAACACAAGCACAUAUUCUACUUCUAAUGUAAGUCUUGGAUCAAUCAUUUGGCCUGGAGAUACCACCUCUGCUCCAAAGGUAUAUCCUUAUGCAAAGCCUAAUGGUGAGAGCGCUGGCAGUUACAAUGACUUGGUCAAUGAAGUCUUUCUUGGGAACUAUGAUGCUGCAGUGGGAGAUAUAACCAUCAGAGCAGACAGAUCCUUAUAUGUUGACUUUACAUUGCCAUACAAAGAAUCUGGGGUGUCCAUGAUUGUGCCUAUCAAAGACAACAAAAGCAAGAAUGCAUGGGUGUUCUUGAAGCCUUUGACAUGGGAUCUUUGGUUAACAAGCGGUUGUUUUUUCAUAUUCAUUGGUUUUGUAGUCUGGGUUCUUGAACAUCGAAUAAACGAAGACUUUCGUGGACCUCCACAUCACCAAAUCGGGACAAGUUUUUGGUUCUCCUUCUCAACCAUGGUUUUUGCACACAGGGAGCGAGUUGUGAGCAACUUGGCUAGGUUUGUGGUGAUCAUAUGGUGCUUUGUUGUCCUGAUACUGACUCAAAGUUACACUGCAAGUUUGACCUCUCUUUUAACAGUUCAACAGCUCCAACCAACUGUUACUGAUGUAAACUUGCUCCUCAAAUAUAAGGACAAUGUUGCCUAUCAACCAGAUUCUUUUGUUUAUGGGAUUUUGAAAGAUCUAGGAUUUCAGGAUGAAAAUCUUAAGCCCUUUAAAACCCCAGAAGAGUUGAACCAACUUUUUCAAAAUGGGAGUAGAAAAAAUGGCAUUUCUGCAGCGUUUGAUGAAACACCCUACAUGAAACUGUUUCUUGCAACAUAUUGCUCCAAAUACACCAUGGUUGAUCCAACAUUUAAAGCCGAUGGUUUUGCUUUUGUCUUCCCAAAAGGCUCCCCUCUUGCUCACGAUGUUUCGAGGGGAAUCUUAAAUGUGAACGAGGGAAACCAAGUGAAAGCCAUGAGUGCCAUCAUCCAAGCCUUUGGCUGGAGAGAAGUAGUUGCCAUCUAUGUUGACAAUGAGUUUGGGGAGGGAGUCAUACCUUCCCUCUCUGAUGCUCUGCAAGAAGUUGAUGCUCGAAUUGCCUACCGGAGUGUCAUUUCUCCAAAGGCCACUGAUGACCAAAUUGUUGCUGAGCUUUACAAGUUGAAGGAAAUGCAAACUCAGGUCUUCAUUGUGCACAUGUUCGCUGAUCUUGGCUCUCGGCUGUUCGACAAGGCGAAACAGAUUGGCAUGAUGGAUGAAGGAAUUUACGACAACAAGGACCUCAAGUCGUUUACUUUUAAGAAGAGAGAACUUGAGGUUAACACCAACUUCACCCCAAGCCCAUCAGUCUAUUCAGACCAUACUGAAGCACGCAAUGUGUUUGAGGAACAGAUGGGAACACCUUCAUCUGCUGAUCUUGAGCAUGCUGGUUUCAGUCCUGGAGCAUCAACCAGCAGAUCAGAGAUGGAAUCAGCCAUUGAGAUUACUGAGAGACCAAGAACUCAUGAGAUUGCCCCAGGAAGCAACUGA